AUGACAGACAAAGUGAGACUCCGAUUGUUCUUCGACGAUCCUAACAUGCUCAGUAAGUCAAAGAAGAAAGAAGGGUUAAAACGUUGCUGGUUCCUUCUAAAACCCCACCUCACUACCAUUUCCGAUCUCACUUCCCAUCUCCAAACCCUUUUCCGCCUCCACCGCACCUCCCCCGCCGGCAUCACUCUUUCAAUGGAUGGCUUUGUUUUACCAUCGUUUGAGUCCACUUGUAUUUUGAAGGAUAAAGACAUUCUGUGUGUGAAGAGAAAGGGAAGUAGGUUAACUGAUAGUAAAACUGCAAUGCUGCCGUUAGAAGCUCGUGAGAAUCAAUCCAUAGAGGCUCUGAACCUACUUGCAAUUGAGGGGUUUCAAGAGGAGAAGCCAGAAUAUGAAACUGUUUCCCUAGAUGAUGAAGAUGAUUAUGAUGAUGAUGAUGAUGACGAUGAUCAACCUGAAGAUGUGCUUUAUGUGGAAUCUAAAUCUGAUGUGAAUACAACCUCUAAAAAGAGAAAGGCGUCGAAGAAGCUUAAGCGCCCUAGGUUUGUUUCUUCACAUUUUCUAACUGUUGUGCCCUGCAAGGCGUCGAAGAAGCUUAAGAGCCCUAGUCAGAAGAAGAUUAAGAUGUCUACUACUGAAAACGUAUCAGUCAUUCCGGAGGUUGAUGAUGAGGAAAAUGUAAGUAUUAAAGACGGUACUCACCACCAGCCAAGUCCUGCAAAAAAGUCAUCAAAAAAGUUGUCAAAAAAGUCUAGCAACCUUGAUUUAGUUAAACAAAAAGACGACAAAAAUGGGUCAACAAGCGAUGAAACAAGGUCUCUUCAGCCUCAAGGUGAAGGCGAAACUAAAAAGUUGCCUAGCAGAUCUGCUCGGCGGAAAAAGGCCAAGAGAAAGUGGUUGAGGGAACUAAAAUUAGAGAAGGAGAAAGAGAAAGAGAAAGAGAAAGAGAAUGCGAAAGAGAAUGAGAGUGAGAAUGAGAAUGAGAAUGAGACAGAGACAGAGAAUGAGACAGAGACAGAGACAGAGAAUGAGACAGAGAAAGAGAAAGAGAAAGAGAAAAAGAAAGAGAAAGAGAAAGAGAAAGAGAAAGAGAAGGAGAAGGUGCUUGAAAAAGAUGAUCAACAAUUACCAAUCAAAGAAAAGAAUUGCCUAGUUGCUGAUGUGCAUCAACAAUCCGAUGAAGAAAGUGAAGCAGAGGACGACAUGGUUCCUGUGGAGAUCAAGCCAGGGCACAUUCGGUUCCAGUCUCGUGGAAAAGGUCAAGCAGUGCCAGAGAAUCAGUUCCCAGUGGACACAUUUCAGUGGAGUGGUACUACCAGCAAGAAGAAGGGCCAGAAAUGGGGUAAAGAGAGGACCUCAUCCCAUAAACAGGAUGAUUACGAGCAGCCCCGUCAAGAUUUUCCUACUGUUCAGAAUGCUGGGGAAAAAAAGACAUUUGACACAGUAGAUUUUGAAAAGCUUACACCUUAUACAGACUUGCCGAAGGAAGGGAUUGUUAUUGCUUAUCGAUUGAUUGAGUUAUCAGAAUCUUGGUCUCCUGAGAUCUCCUCCUUCAGAGUUGGUAAAGUAACAAAGUAUGACAGUAAAUUAAACAGGAUAUGGCUAGAGACAGUUUCAGAAUUUCCAUUUGAUUUUAGGAAGAAAAUAGAUGACCUAGAUGACGAUGCAACACCUGCACAGUAUGAUCCUUCCCCUUACCAGGAAGAUGGUUCUUUAGAGAUUGAUUAUGUAUCUCUUGCUGAUGUUCGUAUUAUUAAGCAUGGCCACUCGAAUUUGGCAACUGUAGUUGCUUCUAACGAUGCUUUAGUAACUCCAACAAAAGCAACUAACAAUAGCACUGAUGCUUUGGUAACUCCAACAAAAGCAACCAACAAUAUCACUCAUGAAAAACGUGUUGGUAAUCAAACUCCUGUUGGAAGCUCGAAGCCACAAAAGGAGGGCCAUACCCCUGCUAAAGAAAAUGGAGAAGUUAAUGUUUGGGAUGAAAUCAACGAAGCAUUAAAAGCAAAGAAGGCCAGGCUGUCGCAAGGGGAUUGUUGGAAGAAAGAUGAUAUUUCAAGCAAUAGGCCAUGGUCUCAGAGAGCCAAAUGCAGCGCACUGGGUCCCACAAUGGCACUUUUAAGAUCACAGAAUGGCUUUAAGAAAUAA